GGAGGUGGCAGGCAAGCCGCGUCCCGCUUAGGGCUUGACAAACCAGAGAAAAAGAGAGAAGAACAUUCAAUACAUUUCUGCUCAAAACCUCCAAUUUCCAUCCAUUCCAUGGAUUUUCUUCAUCUACUCUUCUCCUAACUUCCAAUUCUCUGCAGAACGGAAAAUUCCGAAACUGCCCUUCGUUCUCUGCAACUUUCCAUCACAUCAUCUCAAAUUCCACGGCACCCCCCUAAAAAAAAGAAAAAAAAAUCCCUCUUCUCCUUUUCUUUCAUAGAAUCUGCAUAUGAUAGGCCAUGAAUCUCUCUCCUUCAUGUCAUUUUUUGCUGUCUGAAACCGAUUUCAAUAACCAAUCUCUCUUUCAGUUCUCUGAAAAUCGAUUUCCAAGCGUAAUCUCAUUUCUGGGUCAGUCUCAAAAUGGAGGAAUUUUCAAGAAACCGUCUCAUUGUCGACAGGAUUCCCACCAAUUUAGAGGAAUUUCUAGAAUGCCCAAGUAAGAAAGAACAGAAAAAUCUAGGUCUUUUUAAGACCUAGAUCAGAUUUUUAUGUUUUUGGUCAUGAAAGGGGGAUUUUUCAGCAAACUUAGAUCAGUUUCUUCUUCUUCUUCUUCUUACUCCAAGGAUGUUUAAGGCCCAUAUCAGAUUUUUAGGGUUUUGGGCCUGAUAUGUGAAUUUCUCGCGGAAUAUAGAUCAGUUUCUUCUGAAUUUUCUUUCAUUUCAGGCCUUAUUCAAGCCUUUUAGUUGAUAUUUAUAACUAUGUGUUCGGAGCUGGCAGUUGUCGACAUCAGUUCAGAUGAAGAAGGUGAAUGGAAUGACAAAGUUGAUGCUCCUAUCGAUUGGCUUUCCGAACUUCUCAAUUGUGUUGACAACGAAGCUGAAGAAUCUGAUGAUGUUGUGGUUGUGGAUGAACUUUCUUGUGCUUCGAUCCAGAAGCAGAAUCAUACGCCUUCAAACACAGUAAAAGGCAUCACAGGAGAUGAAUCGGAUGACGAGUGCCUGAUUUUGGAUGGCGAUCCCGAUAAUCCGGUUGCGGUUGUGGAUGAUGCUGGUAAUGGAUCGGAUGAUAUUCUCAUCGUAGGCGAAAAAGGGCAGAUAGCAUGCAGAGACUACCCUCAUCCACGGCACCUGUGUGCAAAAUUUCCUUUCAGUUCCACACCACAUGAGAAGCAUUGCCACCUGUGCCACUGUUAUGUUUGUGAGGAACGGGCCCCAUGUAUCUACUGGGUCACUGGCAUUUCCACUACUGGCCAUUGCCAUUCCACCGAUAAAGAGGAAAUAUGGAAAGCUGAAAGGAAGUGUUUCAAGCAAGGCAACAUGGCAGCACCGCCUGUACGAAAGCUUCCCGAUACUACCUUAUCAAUAACACCCUCCUGGCACAACCCAGAACCAACACUCCCAUUACCCCAAUCCCGUAAUGUUGGCUCUAUUCCAUUGCAAGCCUCGGUCUCAAAAUCAACCCACCUCCGUGUUUGCUCUACCAGUUUUGGCCCGCCGAAUAUCAUAAGCCAUAGACAUAGUCAGCACUCAAGGCCCAUGCAUGGAAGACACAGAUUAGCUCCGUAUCCGAACAGAUCACAACCAUUAGUGCCGGGGACACAUGCUAUCAGUAGGGAGAGAGGUGGUAACUUGGGACCGCAAUUUGGGCAUCAGCAUCUAAAAGUCAAAAGGGUAGAACCUGCCAGACGCACUUUUUCAACAGGAAACCGAUCUGGAUAUGGUCCAUCAAACAGCAAUCGGGCGUACACUGCAACACAGUCAAGGACUCAAACUCCACAAGUAGUGGCAAGGGAGGAUGUACAACAGAGAAGGUGGCAGGAUCUCCUCACCAGCAUUGAUUCAGAACUGAGUACGUUUGAGGUCUCCACUCACCCAAACAGCAACGGCAGCUUUGGAGAUUUCCACUUACAUACUGUCCCUCCGCAACCCCAAGCAUAUGGUGGUCAAUCGAAUAUGGAUCCAAACACGUAUCAGUUUGGGAAUCUUGCACCAGGCGGGACCCAUCCAAACCCAUUAGACUUUGAUUAUAACUGGACCCCACAGCUUCCCUUGUCAAUGGACCCCACAUCUCCAAGCAUGCAGCCAUCUGUGCCACACAGCUGCACACAGACUGAUCAUGCGCAUCUCGGAAGCGCCUCUGGAUCCUCAGAAUUUCAUCCGGAGAGCUGGUAUCCUUUGGAACACCAGCCGGGUCCAGAGGCUGCAAUGGAACCUCUGGGUUUCAGCCUGCCACAGACCAUGGAGGAUGACCUGCUGUAUGGCUACGAGGAGUACAUGGGCCAUCUAGAGCGUGUGACGUAAAAAUAAAUCUUAAAGAUGAAGAAAAAAAAAAAACUGACCUGCUUUUGGGUCAGGUGCAGUCCAGUGUCUCUCUGGUGUUUGUGUUUCCAAAAUGCACAAAGGCUUUUAGUUGGGUGUCGUCCUUUUGUUAGGAAAAGCCUUUGUAAAUUGUAGUGAUGUACAUACAGGUUUAGAAAGCUGUGAUUUCAUCCAGUCCCUGGGGACAAGGUUGUGGGUUUUCAAUAAUUGUACAAUUUGGAAAAUUUUGUGGUGAUUAAACUUAUAUAUCCCGAAUACUAUCGAAUUGUGCCGAAUGUCAGUCUGAUUCGAAACCGUGACCAUUGUGAUUUUUGCA